GUUUUUCUCAGUCGGUGUUGUAGCGAUCAAAGCUAACUACAUAAAGGUGCAACCACAGCGACUGAUAUGAAACAAGAGCCAUACCAGACUGCCAAGAUGACUGCAUCAGCAACUUGACUGGCCAAAUAUGUUGGCUGAAAAUUUUUCACUGUUUCGGUGUUCAUUGAUCAGAAAACGACAUCGCGGACGAAACACUAGCUAGAACAACAGCAAGCUGAGUAGUAUGCUGGACGUGGGGAAGUGGCCUGUGUUUGCACUCCUUCCUCCUGAGGAACUACGGCUUAUCCGGCAGGCUUGUGUCUUUGGCAGUGCUGCAAAUGAAGCCCUCUAUGUCACAGUUAAUGAUGAGGUUUUUGCUCUGGGUACCAACUGCAGCGGCUGUUUAGGGCUCGGAGACCUUCAAAGCACGAUUGAGCCACGCAGGAUUGAUGUCUUGUGUGGAAAGAAGAUUGUGUCCCUAAGCUAUGGAACAGGACCGCAUGUGGUUAUCGCUACUGCAGAUGGAGAGGUAUUUGCCUGGGGACACAAUGGCUACAGCCAGCUGGGCAAUGGGACCACCAACCACGGACUGACCCCUGCCCUUGUAUCCACCAACCUCCUUAACAAGAGAGUGACAGAGGUGGCCUGUGGCUCCCAUCACACUAUUGCCCUCACAACUGAUGGAGAGGUGUACGCAUGGGGUUACAACAACUCAGGCCAAGUAGGUUCAGGGUCCACUGCCAACCAGCCAACACCACGCCGGGUCAGCAGCUGCCUGCAGAACAAAGUGGUGGUUAACAUAGCCUGUGGUCAGCUCUGCUCCAUGGCUGUACUGGACAAUGGAGAGAUCUAUGGUUGGGGCUACAAUUGCAAUGGACAGCUAGGUUUGGGUAACAAUGGAAAUCAGCAGACCCCUUGCAGGAUCGCCGCUCUCCAAGGUGUCAACAUCGUCCAGGUUGCCUGUGGAUAUGCACAUACAUUGGCACUUACAGAUGAGGGGUUUGUUUAUGCCUGGGGAGCCAACUCGUAUGGGCAGUUGGGAACAGGCAAUAAGAGUAACCAAGCUCUCCCCACUCUAAUAAACACAGACAAGGAGAGGAUGGUGGAGGUGGCUGCAUGUCACACCAGCCACACGUCAGCAGCCAAGACACAGAGUGGGCAGGUUCUGAUGUGGGGUCAGUGUCGAGGUCAGGCUGUUGCCAGCCCCCACCUCACCCAUUUCAGCAGCACGGACGAUGUGUUUGCUUGCUUCGCCACACCGGCAGUCACGUGGCACCUCCUCUCAGUAGAUGGGGAUGACUACUUAACUGUUGCCCAGUCUUUGAAGAAGGAGUUUGACAGCCCAGAGAUUUCAGACCUUAAGUUCUUGGUUGAUGGGAAGUGUAUCCAUGUUCACAAAGCCCUGCUGAAAAUCAGGUGUGAGCAUUUUCGUGCAUUGCUGAAUGAAACAGAUGAGGAUGCCAUAGAAAUCCACCAGUUCUCAUACCUGGUGUACAGAGCCUUUCUGGAGUACCUCUACACAGACACUAUUAACUUGCCACCAGAGGAUGCUAUUGGGUUGCUAGACUUGGCUACAUUCUAUCGAGAGACAAGGCUGAAGAGGUUAUGUCAGGAAACGAUCAAGAGAGGCAUUUCUGAGGAGAACGCCAUCACUCUGCUCUCAGCUGCUGUCAAGUAUGAGGCGCGGGACCUGGAGGAGUUCUGCUUCAAGUUUUGCGUCAACCACCUAACAGCUGUCACGCAGACCCAGGCCUUUGCAGACAUGGACCACGACCUGCUCAAGAACUUCAUUAGUAAAGCCAGCCGCUACGGGGCCUUCAAAAACUGACUGGAGUGCCUAGGUAGUGAUGAAUUCAACAUGAUGAGGGCUAAGCUCACCGAGGUCCUGAGAGUUGACCCUAGACCAAAAUAAAUACCAGGCUGAUCAGUACUUCAAAGCCUUGUUGCUAGGGAUGAUAGCACUGGAGAGGCAAAAGGUUUAAGGUUCCACCAUAUAAAUGAUGCUUCUGUGUUACUCCCUUAAACCUAGCCCCAACACAGUGGUUGCUUAGGGUGGUAAUAUUAGGUUACACCACUCGGUCAGUCACAAGCAGACAGUGCAGAGGCCGAAUAGACAGUGGUCGCCUUUCUGUCGUCUUUGUGUUGCUGGCAGCACGCUUGGCUAAUUUGGUGUCUGAUUUGUUUGUUCAAGCUAGUCAGCGAUGGCCUGCAGGGGCUUGCCUCACAGUAUCAAUGUUUUAUCACACUGCCUGUUACCCCUACUAACGGGCAGUGUGAUAUACAGUAUUAUACUGUAGCACUUUAUGUUUGAUCAGUAGUGAGAGGAAGCAGUCAGCAGAGCCUGAUCAGCCAUGAAUUGUCCCUUCACAAUGUGCUGCUUUUCUUUGAAGCCUUGAUUCUCAAACUAUCAGGAUUGAGAAAUAGUAUUUAAUGAGGAAAAAGCUUCUUCUGUUUUGGAAAAACUGCAGCUUAUGUAUGACACCUUUUUUUCUGAACAGUUAUAAUUUGCAUCUGAUCAAAGCGAAUAUGUUCUCUUGUAUAAGUUAAUGUUAAAUUUUGCCACUUUAUAUAGUAAUUAUUCAUCUUUGCCAUCCAAAUGUAUGGUUCCUGUUUGAUGUUUGUACUGACUAACAUUUGCACUGUUUUGCGGUCGACAGCUGCUUUGGCCACCGUCAGCAAAGUGAUCCUACCACGUUUUUAUUUGUGGUCAGAUGAGCUCUGAGCAGCUGCAAACAGUGUCUAACCUACACAAGCAUAUUGGUCCCUGUGUAGCCUUUGGGUGAUGUUACACUGUAAGUGCAAAUGAUUUUACAGUUGUGUUUCAUUGCAAUUUGGUAUGUUUACAAAACUUUGCUUGUUUUUUUAAUUGUGAUUAUGUUGGCAGCAAACUUGUGGUUCUUUUUACAAGUGUUUCUUUUAUCUCUCCCCUGAUAGCACCUUGCAAUAAUGAAAUAGUGCUGGCUUAGUGUAACUGCCAACUGACUGUGCUGAAUAUAGCCCAAGUCUCAUAUAGGACCACAAGUUCUUUAAAUGUAGUUACCAGUUAAUUCCAAAUUAAAUUCCUAAAUCUGUCUAAAUAGACUGUAACAAAAUGCUUUUACUUUAACAAGCCAAUUAUUGUAUUUUUGGAAGAUUUUGAUAAUUACUAAAAUGCCUGUGUUCUCAUUUUGUAUGGAAAAUGCUAUAAGCUGCUGACAGUGGCACUAAUGGUAACAUUUGAUAAUUUAAAUGUAUUAAAAUAAAUAACUAUAUAAUUUGG